ACUGAUGUCUUUUAAUCUGAUAUUUUUUCAUAAAAUAUAAUAAAACAGUUGUUGCAUAAAAGAUUUCAAUGUAGUGAUUGAAUAUGAAAUUGAAAAAUAAAACCAUUCAUUAUAAAUAAAUACGUAAUUCUAAUAAAUAUCAUUAGUAUUCGAAAUUCAUAAUAAACAUUUACGAAGAAACACUAGUAUCGUUUGAAAGCGCCACGGUUGUUGGGCGAAACAUGCACUUGUAACACCUGUUUUAAAUAGGACGCUCUCGCGUCAAUUUACUUUUCUGUUUCAUAGCAAAUAAAUUCUUGGAUUUUUCUAUCCACUUUCGCGAUUCGAGUAUAAAAAAACCUUUUGAAACGAGAUAAUACGGUAAUAACGGUAAUAUAUCAUUCAGAAAAGUGGUUCAAUGUUGAACGAUUUAAAGGGAGCCUUUUCUGUUUUACUUCUCUUUCCCUCCUUUUUUUUUUUUUUUUUUUUUGUUUGCUUUUAAUUCGUAUCGCACGUUUUCUUUUAUUUUUAGGAAGUCAACUUGAUUGCAUGGGCAUUAUGAAGCAGCACCUUUUUAUAUGGCUUCUUUCUCUGUGUCGUGUACCAAAGUAUUAGGAAGAAUGGUGGGCACGAGGCCGAGGUCCUCAACAGAGGAAGGUCCCCACGAAAAUUUGUACCAUCGAUCCGAGGCCGCCACCGGGAUCGACCGGUAUAAUCGCAACAGCUUAACCAAGCAACAAUCGGCGUUGAAAAGGUUUCGGUGGUCGCGUGACGAGCCGCAAUUUCGUUGGGUUACGAAGGAGGAGCCGAGGGGAAACGGUCGAGGGAAGAGUCCCGAGUGGCGGAGCCUACGUCACUGUCCACGCUAUCACGAUUAACAGAGUGAACAGCACGAGACGUCCGCGCGCGCGAGCGAGAUGAAACGCGUGGCGAAGGAAAGGUAAAGGAAAGGAAAGGAAGGCGCGCAAGGUAAAGGCACAUCUGAAUCCUUCGGUUGACUCGGCUCAGUCUGAUCCGAGCCAAGCCACUGCCCUGAUCCCCGCCGUUCCUCGCUCGCUCUCUCCGCUCGCUUGGAUCCGCUCUUCUUCCUUUCCUGACACACGCCACCAUACACACGCACGCCGUGCUCUAAUCCAUACCGGUGUCAUCGAUCACCGAUCCCGACUUCCUUCCUCCGCGUCGGUUCUCGCUGCGCGGUCAGUUCAAGUCGCGACCAGUUCCCGUCGAGUUCGGCCCGACAGACGAAAAUCACCACCUGACAUGUCACAGUGCACGCACCAGCACCGUGUCGAUCGGUUCACGCGCGUCCAGUGAGCAACGACGACGCACCAUUUCAUCGUAUUCCAUCGCUGGUGGAUCCCCGAACACACCGGAAGUGUGAUGACCCUUCCAACGAGACGUGCUGCAUCGAUCAACGCGGCGACAGCGUGCCUUCGAUCUGGGAUCUGAGUUUUCGCGGUCAAGGAUGACCAAAACCGAUGAGCGGAUGAACGAGUAAAAGCCAGGAAGGAAUCACAAGGGAAACGAGGGGUCUGCCGAAGGAAGAGAUGGUGGUGGAGUGGCUCUGUCCUGGACUUAGGCCGGCCGGAAGCCGUAGGCCCCGUCUUCUUCACUGCAAAGUGAUACUUCUUGACGAGCACGAACUGUUGCAAGAUGUUUUGAGCUCGAACCUCGGCCAAGAACUGUUGGACAGGGUGUUCAGGCAUUUGAAUUUAUUGGAGACGGCUUACUUCGGGCUACGUUACCUGGAUCACGGCAAUCAGACGCAAUGGCUCGAUCCAAGCAAGAAGAUUGGAAAACAAUUGAAAGUCCAAAAAGGAGAUCCGAGCUCGGAUGUCCACACCCUCUAUUUCGGUGUGAAAUUCUACGCGGCCGAUCCCUGCAAACUCAUCGAAGAAAUCACAAGGUAUCAGUUUUUCCUACAAGUGAAACAGGACAUUCUGCAAGGAAGACUUCCCGUGUCUUUCGACUUGGCCGCAGAAUUAGGAGCUUACGUCGUGCAAUCCGAACUUGGAGACUAUGAUCCAAGGCGACAUUCUGUAGGAUACGUCACAGAAUUUCGAUUCUUAGCAAAUCAAACUACGGAAUUGGAAAAUCGUAUAGUGGAACUUCAUAAGACUCUUGUAGGACAAUUACCAUCCGCAGCAGAGCUGAAUUAUUUGGACAAAGUGAAAUGGCUGGAAAUGUACGGGGUUGAUUUGCAUCCCGUGUUGGGCGAAGAUAGCGUGGAAUAUUUUCUGGGUUUGACGCCGAGUGGGAUAAUUUUGUUGCGCAACAAGACCAAAGUGGGAAAUUAUUACUGGCCUCGAAUCAAUAAAAUCUAUUAUAAGGGUAGAUACUUCAUGCUGAGAGUGAGUGAAAAGAACUCCGAGGAGAGGACACACGGUUUCGAGACGCCGUCGAAGGGUGCAUGCAGACAUUUGUGGAAGUGUUGCCUGGAGCACCAAGCGUUCUUUCGAUUGAUGGCCACCGGUCCGCCACCAUUGAGCCCCUACUCUCGUUUCCGCUCGUACAGCCCGCCGUCUGGAUCCGAGAAGCACACCGUGAUCAGACGGAAUCCACCGCCUAUCUUCCAGAGGACACCCAGUCGCAGGGCUCAACGACGCGUGGUCGAGGGCCAAGAGAUGGUCGGCCCAUUUGUGGAAACGCCCGCGACGGUGAACUCGAAUUCGAACAGCAAUCCGAUCAGCGGAAAUGUUUUGUGUAAUACUCAAAGCGCGAGACAGGUGAAUAAUUCGAGUCCCAGGAGCACCAGGAGCGCGCCGUGGACUCAAAGCCAACCUCGUGGCCUUUAUACCUCGUCUAGUCCUCGGUCCGUCCGCUCCGCGGGAACGGCACCGGCACUCUUGAGCAGACUCCAGCGACGGAGUAGCUCCGUAGAGAGUCAAAGUUCAGGGGACAGUCACAGUCGUGGUGGUCAUCGUAGAAGAAGUCAUAGUCAUAGCCAUCGAAGACACAGUCGUCAUUCUGAUUGUGAAUCUGAGCUUUCACGGGGUUCGGACACUAGGUCAGGUCAUCGUAAACACCGCAGAAAGCACAGAAGCUCUCGUUCGUCUAGACACGAAUUGGUAGAUUCUGAACCACAAUGGAGAGAAGCACAGAAGCGGAAGGGCGAAGGAGUUCAACGGGCUGUUGUAAGUCAUACAGAACCAAGAAGAAGGCAUAGAAGUAGACACCGGAGUCCUUCUCAAAAGCAACCACUGCCAGAUGAGCUUAGGAAACACUUGGAGUUUGGACUAGUCGAUACUUCUGGAAUGAGUGAACAGCAACGACGAGAGAUACCAUAUACGGUGGUUCAAUCGCAAACGUCCGUGCAACAAUGUACUCUACAAUCUAGUAAUUCUCGAUUGGACGAUGCAGACUCGUCGUCCCUACCUAGAACGAUCGGAUCCGUUGGCAAAAGAAACAGAAGAAUGAUACAACAUAGUCACGAUGGAAGUUAUAAUUUGCCACCAACCAGACCGAGUCAAGUUGAUAUAAAAUACUACGAUGGUAAUAGGAGCGAGUGCAAUAUGAGGAAGGACUUUUAUUAUACACGUAACAACAGAAUAUUGAUAGGAAGUAACGUGGACAGUGGGCUCGGGGAAAGUACACCGCAAGAAUUUUCAAGUUGCUGCUCAAGCUCUGCCGACAGCGCUAAGCCUACUCGGGUACCGCAAAUGCAAUUAGGGGGAGAGGUACGCUAUGAACUGUCUUCAAAUCAAGAAAUCUACCCUCCUGUUGAUACUACUCUGGAUGCUGUUCUUCAGCCCAUUAUAUCAACUUUAACAAGGAGGCAACGGAACCGCCCGAAUUGAGCAUGAAGCUUUAAAUAAAUACAAAUAGACAUUUAUGCACAUAUUGUAUAUUUAAGAAAAUUUUUAUACCUCAUUCAAAUUAAAUAUCUAUAAUCCCA